UGAGGUUUUUACAGCAGAGGGUGUCUCCCCACAACGUGGAGCCUCCUUCCGUGUCUAAUUGUCGUCUCAAACGUGGGUGACAUCUGUCCAUAGUUGUCUGCUUGUUACCGGAAAUGAGUUAAUGUAAUCGAGAAGAGCUCAUACCGCUUCCCAUCAGAGAGCUGCCCCUCCGUCACAUGCUGCCUCUCCAGGACGUCUACUUCACAGCUCCAUGAGCCGCGUUCAAGACACAAAACAAAGCCCUGGAUCUCGUUUUUUUUGUUUCUUCUCUUAUGGACACACACGUUUUGGGUUUAUUUUCUUUUUUUUAAAUGUAAUGGCGCCAUGAAGUGAAACUCCGCCACCGCCAUAUUCAUCAAAUCCACCACACCCGUCAACAACAGCGCGCGACUCUCUAAAAACUUCAAAUUUAACUUUAACGACUUAAUUUUCUACAAAAAACAAGGACUAAGGGAGGUGACGUAUUUGCCGGGCACGAUGACCCUGAUGGCGGCGCGGGCUUGUUGCCUCAGCCCAGAGGCCAAAGAGGCUCGCAGGAUCAACGACGAGAUCGAGAGGCAGCUACGCCGCGACAAGAGGGACUCUCGACGGGAAUACAAGCUGCUCUUGCUGGGGACGGGCGAGAGUGGGAAAAGCACCUUCAUCAAGCAGAUGAGGAUCAUCCAUGGCCGUGGAUACUCGGACGAGGACAAGAGGGCGUACACGAGGCUGGUCUACCAGAACAUCUUCACCGCCAUGCAGGCCAUGAUCCAGGCCAUGAAGAUGCUGCGGAUCCCCUACAAGUAUGAACACAACAAGGCCAACUGCAGUAUUGUCAGCGAGGUUAAUGUGGAGACAGUGACAACAUUUACAAAACCAUAUGUGGACGCCAUCAAGAGCCUGUGGGCCGAUCCGGGGAUUCAGGAAUGUUACAAUCGGAAGAGGGAAUACCAGCUCUCGGACUCUGCCAAAUACUAUCUGAAUGACUUGGAUCGGAUCGCCGACACUGCGUAUUUGCCCUCUCAGCAGGACGUGCUAAGGGUCAGGGUGCCCACCACGGGUAUCAUCGAGUACCCCUUUGACCUGGAGAACACGGUGUUCAGGAUGGUGGAUGUGGGUGGGCAGCGCUCUGAGAGGAGGAAGUGGAUUCACUGCUUUGAAAAGGUGACCUCCAUCAUGUUUCUGGUGGCGCUCAGCGAGUACGACCAAGUCCUUGUGGAGUCCGCCCAUGAGAACCGGAUGGAGGAGAGCAUGGCCUUGUUCCGGACUAUCAUCACCUACAAGUGGUUUGAAGAGUCCUCAAUCAUCUUGUUCCUGAACAAGAUCGAUUUGCUGGAAGAGAAAAUCAUGCAUUCGCAUUUGGUCGACUACUUUCCUGAAUACAACGGUCCCCAGCGGGACGUCAAAGCGGGCCAGGAGUUCAUCUUGAACAUGUUUGUCAACCUCCAUCCUAACCGCAAAAAGCUCAUCUACUACCACUUCACCUGCGCCACCGACACGGACAACAUUCGCUUUGUCUUCCGCGCGGUCAAAGACCACAUCCUGCAGGGCAACCUCGAAGACUACAACCUGGUUUAAAGCUGCC